GCAGCGAAGGGCUAUAUCUGCGGCACCACUGUCACUUUCACGACCACACAGGGACAUGUACUGACGCCGAGGGGAGGACUUGAUCGUAACCUGCUCUCGAAGGCGGCAAAUUGAUUCCAGCAUCAUUUUUUUGUGGAUUAUUAUUUAUUUUCAACAACAACAACAACAACAACAACAACAAAAAAGCCGACGAUGGAGGAAUCCAGCUCACAUAAGUUGGUUUGGGACGGCGACGCCAAAGCAGUGCAGCAGUGUCUAACGGAUAUAUUCACCAGUGUUUAUACCACAUGUGACAUUCCGGAAAAUGCCAUUUUCGGUCCUUGUGUUUUGAGCCACACGUCGUUGUAUGACAGCAUAGCCUUCGUAGCGCUCAAAUCAACGGAUAAACGAACUGCGCCAUACAUAUUCCGGGUGGACACGUCAGCAGCCAACAGCACGUCCGAGGGCUUGAUGUGGCUGCGGCUCGUGCAGUCGGCGCGGGACCGGGACGAGCAGAACCUCGAGGCCUACGUGAAGAAUGGACAGCUGUUCUACCGGUCUCUCCGGAGGAUCGAGAAGGACGAGGAGCUGUUGGUCUGGUACGGGAAAGACCUGAUUGAGCUGCUGCUGCUGCUCAAUGCCGGUAAAGCGCCGGUCAAGGCCAAGGGGUCCACUCCCUACUCCUGUCCUGACUGCAACCAGCGCUUCCAGUUUGAGUUCCCCUUCCUGGCCCAUCUGAGGUUCCGCUGCACCAAGAGACUACAGAGCAUGGCGGCAGGCAGUGUGGACGAGGAGGUCCCCAGUAAGGAGCCAAGCACUGAGCGCCCUAACCCCAUCCUUACAACUACCACACCCACCAGAGCUAGCCCUAAACUGGGCCGCUCGGAUGGGGACAGCGCCAAACCCUCCACAGACUUCCAUAACCUAGCCAGAGACCUCGAGAACAGUCGCACCAGUCCGCCGAGCGACCGUGAGGCUGAGAUCCGCAGCGAGAGCUCUGGGAAGAGGAAGUUCUCCGAUGUGGAGGACAGAGUGAGGGAUGGUAGCAGCGCCUCUCUGAGUCUGUCUCAGUCUCACAAGUCUAAGGAGGAGCUGGCUAGCUCAGCACAGAACUAUCGGGGAGUGUACGGCCUGGAGGAGAAACGACGAGGGCCGACGUUCUCCCCACCAGGGUCGGGAUCCACUGAGUCAGGCGGUGAGGGUAAACGCAGCGCCUUCACCGAGGUCAAGAAGUCUCCACAGAGCCUAAAGGCGCACGGUACCAGUGGCGGCACCAAAAACCUCCAGAGCUCCAACGCCGAAAACAAGGACGGCGGUCGGCCCGGCCCCGUCAACAACCCUCCCCAGGAGAAGCAUCUCAACAUCAGGCAGGUUCUGUCGGAGACUCAGCCUGUCCAGCCACAGACCCGCAUGGAGGCCUCUCCUCUAGGGAGCGCCUUCACCUCCGUAGCCCAGCACGGUGGGGGGAACAGCGGGGAGAGGAAGAGCGCAUUCAGCCAACCCUCCCGCCACGCUACCUCCUCCUUCUCCCAGAUCUCUCCUCUGGUCAUGACCACGCCCAAACACCUGGACUGCCACCCUGCGGUGGGCGACACCAUCUCCUCCUCUAGACUCUACCAGGCUGACCACCUGGCCGCCAAACUCCACGGCGCCGAGCUGGGCGCCAACUGCCCCGUGCCGGGCGCCAUGUCCAAGCAGAGCCCGUUCCUCUACGCAGCGGCUGCUGCCACAGCCUACUGGCCUAAGAGCCAGGGCCACAUCCAGCUGCAGAUGCCCUCAGCAUUAACCUUACUCCCCCCCUCCUUCACCUCUCUGUGUCUGCCCGCCCAGAACUGGUGCGCCAAGUGCAACGCCUCCUUCAGGAUGACCUCUGACCUGGUGUACCACAUGAGGUCGCACCACAAGAAGGAGUUCGCCAUGGAGCCGAUGGUUAAGAGGAGGCGGGAGGAGAAACUCAAGUGUCCUAUCUGUAACGAGUCGUUCAGGGAGAGGCACCACCUCUCGCGUCACAUGACCUCCCACAAUUGACAUUCAGAUCAAUAACAGACCGUUUUCACGCUGCUAGGGGGGCGAACCGAGUCGAGCUGUACUGGCCUGGUUACGGAAUUGCAUUUUGAUGAAGGAAGCCUUGCUUGAAAGGACAGUGUGUAAAGAAUAUACUGUAGACGAACCAGCACAUUAAGGUUUGGCCACUGACGUUGCUGGGAUGGACCAUAAAGGACUAUGGGAAAAUAGUAUACCCGUGCCAGGCCAGCACAGCACGGUUUGAGUCGGCACGAUAGUGGGAAAAGGGUAUCACAUCACAGACCAUGGGGAGGAACUUUUUUGCUGACUGACUGACUGGCUGAGUGGGUAUAUGACUGACUGGCUGUCUGAGUGGGUAUAUGACUGACUGGCUGUCUGACUGACUGGCUGGCUGAGUGGCUAUAUGACUGACUGGCUGAGUGGGUAUAUGACUGAAUGGCUGAGUGGGUAUAUGACUGGCUGGCUGUCUGACACUGACUGGCUAUAUGACUGGCUGGCUAUAUGACUGGCUGGCUGGCUAUAUGACUGGCUGGCUGGCUGACACUGACUGGCUAUACGACUGGUUGACUGACUGAC